AUGGAAAUCAGUGAAUUUCGUGUGUUGAUGAAGUAUGAGUUUCACCGUGGAGCCACGAAAUUGCAUGCGGUCGCCAAUAUCAAUAGUUUGUUCGGCAUUCAAGUGGCUACAAGGAAUGUAGCCCGUUGUUUAAAGAAAUUUUGUUCGAGAGAUUUUGACCUAAGUCAACCCAAGACGCAGGUGGAUAAGGACGUCCUGAAAGUCACUGUGGAAGCGAAUUCAAGCCAAUGUGCACGUGAAUUAUCAUUAAUGUACAAUGUAACAAAAUAAACAAUCUUGAUUCAUUUGGCACAAAUUGGUAAAGUGAAAAAGCUGGACAAGUGGACACCGCAUAAAUUGACUGAUGCACAUAAGGAACAAAGACUCGACGCACGUCUUUUUCUUCGUAGCAAAGUCAAUCAAAUCGUUACGUGCGAUGAAAACUGGAUCAUGUACGGUACGAUAAUCGCGCAGAGUUCAUCGUCGGACAAAGAUGAACCACCAAAACGCUGUCCGAAACGCGACAUCCACCAGAAGAAACUGAUGGUCACUGUCUGCUCAGGUAUCAUCCACCACAGCUUUGUGGAACCUGGUCGAUCGAUCACGGCGGAUAUCUACUGUUAUCAACUAGACGAAAUAAUGAAAAAUCUUGCGAUUAAGCACCCAAAUUUGAUAAAUCGGACGACUCCAAUUCUCCCGCACGAAAACGCUCGACCGAAGACAGUAUUAAAACUAAAGGAGUUGAAGUUGGAAACUCUCCGUCAACUACCAUACUCGUCAGACCUUGCCCACUAUCAUUUCUUUCAAAAUUUUGACAACUUUCUAUCUAGAGAAAAAUUCAAUUCUGCACAGGCUGUCAAAAAUACGUUUCAAGAGUUCAUCGACUCCUGUGACCCAGGUUUCAACAGCAAAGGAAUAAAUGAGCUACCUCUAAAAUGGCAAAAGUGUAUUGAUAAUAUAGGUGCAUACUUUGAUUAA